AACAGAUAUUCCAUGCCCGUCACCCGAACAAGGAGCGGAUUUUACGAUCUGAAUAUUGAUCAGACCAACACUGCACGCUUUUUGUUCGGCGAGGACGAAACGAGUCACCUAUCUGGAGGACACCAACCUGACGACAGCUUCCCCACGCUUGUCCGCCGUGACGAUCAGAUUCAUAGCAUGUCGGCCAUCAACGGGCUAUCCGCCACCCAGACGGGCGAUGGUGGCAAUAUUGGAGCACGCGCAGCCACUCUUCGCCAUUCUCUAGACCAUGCGAGCGAGGUGUCUGGCGCUCCUCAGGCGAUGCACGUGCCGCCUAAGCUCCAGAGUUCCUAUUCUGCCAACGACAUCCCCACGGUCAAAAACCCUGGAGGUGCCUCGAUGAUGAACGCCAUUGCCAAUAACCAUGCCCAGCAGCACUUCCAUAACCAUAAUGCGAGCAUCGGUCGCAUUCCUGCUGGUGUCAUGCCAAUCAGGCAUGUUCGCGAGCUGUCCAACGACAACGGCGUCAAUGCCAACCGUGAGCAGGCCGCUGUCUAUCCGUCCAUCAACUCGGCCCUCCAGGCAAGCGCUGCUCCCUUUGGCCCAACUACGACAACUGCGGCUCCUCUUGCAACGCCGCACUCCGCUGCACCCAUGGCAUCUCCAGGAAGUUCAGCCUCGGCGGCGAGCUCGCAUGCCUUCUACCGCUACACGCCCUCGAGCGUCACUUCCGCUUCGUCGUAUGGAGCUAAUUCGCUCUCCGCUGGGAUGCAGCAGCUGGGCUUAAACGGUGCUGGUAACGGAAACGCAUACUCUCCUCAAAGUUACUCUCCUUAUGGCAAUGUGCCUUACUCUCCCCCGAGCGGUCAGCACCGCGAUAGCCAGGCUCGGGUUAUUCAGCAUCGUCGACAACUGGACAGCGAAGCCAUGUCUCGGUAUCAGAACAUGCCGCUGGAGUCCUUCCGAGGCCAGAUUUAUGAGCUGUGCAAAGACCAAUAUGGCUGCCGCUAUCUCCAGAAGAAGCUGGAGGAACGCGUUCACAUGAAUCAAGUUCACAUGAUUUGGCUCGAGACCAAUCAGCAUGUCAUCGAGCUCAUGACGGAUCCGUUUGGUAAUUAUUUGUGCCAAAAGCUCCUCGAGCUCUGCAAUGACGACGAAAGAACUGUCUUGAUCCAGAACGCGUCUCAAGACAUGGUGCGCAUCGCGCUUAACCAGCACGGCACAAGAGCCCUCCAGAAGAUGAUUGAGACAGUCAGCACGCCUCAGCAAGUCCACCUCAUCAUCGAAGCCCUACGCUACCGAGUUGUUCAGCUCAUCCAGGAUCUCAACGGCAACCACGUCAUCCAAAAGUGCCUCAACAAGCUUACUGCUUCUGACGCGCAGUUCAUCUUUGAUGCAGUUGGCGAGAAGUGUGUCGAGGUUGGCACUCACAGACACGGCUGCUGUGUGCUGCAGCGCUGCAUCGAUCACGCCACCGGCGAUCAAAAGCUCUGGCUGAUCCAGUGCAUCACCAAGGACGCUCGCAUCCUCGUGCAGGACCCCUUUGGCAACUACGUCGUCCAGUACAUCAUUGACCUCCACGAGCCCACCUUCACUGAGCCCAUCGUCGCCUCGUUUGAGGGCUGCAUCAGCAUGCUUUCUCGCCACAAGUUCAGCUCCAACGUGAUUGAGAAAUGCCUACGCUGCGCUCAACCCCCUUCGAAGGACAUGAUUGUCUCGGAGCUACUCGGGGACAUUGAGGGAUGCCUGCAAGACUCGUUCGCAAAUUACGUUGUCCAGACGGCCCUUGACUUCUCGACUCCCCAGCUCAAGCACCGCCUCGUAGAGGCGAUUCGUCCCGUCCUUCCCAAGAUCCGCACAACGCCUUAUGGACGCCGGAUCCAAGCCAAGAUUGCCGCUUAUGACAAUCGUGGAAGUGCCGCCUCGAGCGGUCAAGCCACACCAGCCGACAACACGCAGGGACAAAUUCCACUGCGGCCGAGUCACAGCCGAGGUCUCUCUGGC